GGAGAAAACUUAUUGAACAAGAGAAAACUUAUUCAAAUGACUCAAUCAAGAGAAGAGUCAACAAAAUGUGCUGUUAUAGUGCUAUAAAUAUCACUUGUCCAGGACAAUUUAUAUCCACAACAACAAAAAUGGCUUACUUCAAAAAGCAUUCUUUCCUCCUGAUUUCCACUCUCCUCGUAAUUCUCCAACUACAAUUCUCCUCCACAAACGCUGCCGUUAAAGGUGGCUAUUGGUAUUCUGAUAGUGGCCUUGCAGUUUCUGACAUUAAUCCCUCUUAUUUCACUCACCUGUUCUGUGCAUUUGCUGACCUUGAUUCUAGUACCAACAAAGUCACAAUUUCUUCUGCAAACGCAGCUAGAUUCUCAACCUUCACCCAAACCGUCCAAGCAAAGAGUAGUUCAGUGAAAACUCUUUUAUCAAUUGGUGGUGGUGGAGGUGAUUCUUUGGCACAAAAAUUUGCCAAUAUGGCUAGCCAAGCUAGUAGCCGAAAAUCGUUCAUAGACUCUUCGAUCCAGCUAGCCAGAAGUAAUAACUUCAAUGGCCUUGAUCUUGACUGGGAAUAUCCAUCCACAGACGCAGAAAAGACCAACUUUGGUUUACUCAUCAAGGAGUGGAGAGCUGCGGUGGCGACAGAGUCUAGCAGUUCUGGGAAGACAGCACUGCUGUUAACAGCUGCAGUAGGUGGCUCUGAUCAGAUCACCGAAUUGAAGUACUACCCAGGUCAGGAUAUUGCAAACAACUUGGAUUGGGUCAAUGUAAUGACUUACGACCUUUUCAUCUCAAAUAGUAUUCAAACAUCAACUCUUACUCAGCCACCUGCUCCUUUGAAAAACCCAACUGGCCAGUUCAGCGUAGAUGAGGGUAUCACAAAAUGGAUAGGCUUAGGAGUGCCGAAAAACAAACUAGCACUGGGUUUACCCGCAUAUGGUUACAAGUGGAGUUUGGCAGAUCCUAAUAAACAUGGACUUUUCGAUAAAGCUACCCAGGGACUUGGGGUAGUGAAGUACAAGGAUAUAAAAAAUGCUGGGGCGCAGGUUGUGUACAAUUCCACAUAUGUUACAAAUUACGCCUUCAAAGGGACAGAUUGGUAUGGAUACGAUGAUACUCAGAGUAUAUCUGCCAAGGUUUCUUAUGCCAAGCAAAAUGCAUUGUUGGGAUAUUUCUUUUGGCAUAUUGAACAAGACAGCAACUGGGCUCUUUCUUCAACAGCUUCUCAAACAUUGGGAGCCUAGUAAAGGAUUGUAGACAGAGUAUGCCGCAAAGAGAAUAAAGAUGAGGGUUAUCUAUAUUAUAGUAAAGUUAUGGCCUUUCUAGUUUCUAUCCUCUCAUGUAAUAAUAAAAAAAUAAGAAUGAGAUAUUAAAGGAUCUAUCUAUAGUAAUAAAAAAUGAACUCUUGCUUA